AUGGGUUUGCCUCGGCUCCUGCCCAUCCUGCUCUUGGCUCAGCUGAAGUCGGGGGCUGAUGCCAGCCAAGGGCGGACGGUGCCCGACAAAGAGGAAGCGAUUCGAGGGAAGCAGUCUGUUUACAACGAGAAUGCGGCUUUCCCUGCCGCUCCCUGGAGCAGAUCCAUGGAGAGUACCAUCUUGGCCCAGAGACUCAACCAGGAGGUGCCCCAGAACGUCGCUUCUUUCCUCUACACGGGCGAUUCUCGGGAGCUGAGGCAUGCCAACUGCACCGGGAGGUAUGAGCUGGCCAGCUUGGCUGGUAAGUCUCGCCUGGCUUCCCACCCGUCCUUGCAUGGUGCUCUGGAUGCUCUCAUCCACGCCACCAACUUUCUCAACAUGAUUCUGCAGAGCAAUAAAUCCCGGGAGCAGAACUUGCAGGAAGACAUCGAAUGGUACCAAGCGCUGAUCCGAAGCCUGCUGGAAGGGGAUCCCAAUAUCUCCAGGGCAGCCAUCUCCUUCCACCUGGAGCCCUUGUCCUCUGCCCCUCAGGUCUUUCUCCAGGCCAGCCGGCAGGACAACCAAAUCCUGCUCCAGGACUUGUCCUCUGUGGCUCAUCACGUGGCCAAUGCCUCUGGGGAAACAGAGUGGUUCCACAGCCUGAGGCGCAAGUGGAGGCCGCAUCUACACCGGAAAGUCUUGACUCCUGGUUCUAAGCCUCUGGAGAACAGCUGGAGAAAGAGGAAUGGUUACCCGGCAGAGAAGAACCACAUCAAGUGGUCUUCUCCGUACUUGGAGUGCGAGAAUGGAAACUACAAACCUGCCUGGCUGGUCACUGUCUCUGCAGCUUUUUAUGGGUUGCAGCCAAACCUCCUUCCUGAAUUCAGGGGUGUUGUGAAAAUGGACAUCAACCUGCAGAAAGUGGACAUUGACCAAUGUUCAAGUGAAGGGUGGUUUUCAGGAACUCACAAAUGCCAUCUAAAUAACUCUGAGUGUAUGCCAAUUAAAGGUCUUGGAUUUGUGCUGGGAGCCUACAAAUGCAUUUGCAAGGCUGGAUUCUAUCAUCCCGAAAUAUUUUCAGUGAACAGCUUUCAGAGGAAAGAUGCAGCCAGCCGUUUUUCUGGAGGCGAGAUGAUUGAGGAAGUCUACACCUGCUUGCCCUGCAAGGAAGGAUGUUCCUACUGUACAGAUGAUACUCCCUGCUAUGUACAAGAAGACAAGUACUUGCGUCUUACUAUCAUCUCAUUCCAAACUCUCUGUAUGCUGUUGGACUUCAUAAGCAUGCUACUGGUCUACCGUUUCCGCAAAGCAAAGAGCAUCAGGGCAUCGUGUCUCAUUCUCUUGGAGACCAUCCUGUUUGGAUCACUGCUUCUUUAUUUCCCGGUUGUCAUUUUAUAUUUUGAACCAAGUGUAUUUCGCUGUGUUCUCCUACGAUGGGUCCGUCUUCUGGGAUUUACUACUGUUUAUGGAACAGUUAUACUCAAACUGCACAGGGUUUUGAAAGUAUUCUUGUCUCGAACUGCUCAACGAAUCCCAUAUAUGACAGGCGGACGUGUGAUGAGGAUGCUGGCUGUAAUUCUUCUGAUAGUGGCUUGGUUCCUAACGGGCUGGACUUCUGCAGUUUGGCAAAAUCUCGAGAGGAACAUUACAGUAGUUGGUCAAGGCCAAACAUCAGACCACCUGAUCUUCAAUAUGUGUUUGAUAGACCGUUGGGAUUAUAUGAUGGCUAUUGCUGAGUUUUUAUUCCUCCUGUGGGGUGUUUAUCUCUGCUAUGCAGUGCGGACAGUUCCUUCAGCAUUCCACGAGCCCCGUUAUCUGGCUGUUGCAGUGCACAAUGAGCUAAUUAUCUCAGCUGUAUUCCAUACACUUAGGUUUAGUCUUGCCUCAAAACUUCAGUCUGAUUGGACACUGAUGCUGUUCUUUGCACACACACAUUUGACUGUGACGGUUACUAUUGGCUUACUUCUGAUCCCAAAGUUUUCUCAUUCAAGCAAUAAUCCACGAGAUGAUAUUGCUACUGAGGCUUAUGAAGAUGAGCUUGACUUGGGCAGAUCUGGGUCCUAUUUGAACAGCAGUAUCAAUUCAGCUUGGAGUGAGCAUAGCUUGGACCCAGAAGAUAUCAGGGAUGAGUUGAAGAAGUUGUAUGCACAACUGGAAAUUUACAAGAGGAAAAAAAUGAUUACCAACAAUCCACACCUCCAGAAGAAGAGGUGCUCAAAAAAGGGCUUAGGUCGCUCAAUCAUGCGCAGAAUUACUGAAAUCCCUGAGACGGUCAGCAGGCAAUGCUCACGGGAAGAAAAGGACCUUGUGGAACAUGGGGUUACCAAAAAUACUGCUCUGGCAAGAAAAAACCCACCAGAUUCCACAGGACACAUCAAACCAAAGGAGGAAUCUUUGAGAAACAGAGUCUUCUCAUUAAAAAAGUCUCACAGCACUUAUGACCAUGUUCGGGAUCCCACAGAAGAAUCUAAUAGCUUAACUACAGAAAGCGUAGAAGUCAUAACAGCUACAGAGAAUUCUCUGCUAGACUCCCUCCCUGGGAAAAAAACAGCCCAAAAAACUCCAGAAAAAGUGGAAGCCAUGUCCACUGAAAAUGUCCCUUUGGUGUGCAAAUCUGUAAGUGCUCACAAUUUAAGCGCAGAUAAGAAACCACUCCACCCACGAACAUCUGUGCUACAGAAAUCUCUCAGUGUUAUUGCCAGUGCCAAGGAAAAAACGUUGGGGCUAACGGGGAAAAUGCAAAAUGAAGAAAGUAGCAAAUCCCACAAAUCUCAACCAAAGGGCAAGGAUGUGAGCAAAAAGCACUCGAGCUCAGAUAAAAGUGAUCAUAAAGAUUCGCACCGGAAAAACUCCUCUCACACAGAGGAGUCGAGGAAGCCUCAUAAAUCUGGAAUAAUGAAGCAACAAAGGAUCAGUCAGGUGCCUGAAAAUUCCGAUGUGGAUGUGGUUAAGAUGUUGUCUAAGGAUGGCAUUGACAUAGAAGAAGUUUGUCCUUGGGAAAUGUAUGACUAUUACCCAGGAACUGGUCCUUCCGACUCAAAAGUUCAAAAGCACGUCUCCAUUGCUUCCUCUGAAUCAGAGAAGCCUCAUCCUUCCCAGCCAAAGGGCAAAACUCAUCAGAAGACUGGGGAAGAGCAUCAGCCUUCCAAUCAAAAGAGCACAGAUAGGUAUGAAGUAUGUCCUUGGGAGAGCCAAGAAAAACAUGGGGCAGAAGAGGAGAAAAAACUUUUGAGUGCCCAGGCUCAGGGAGCUCUUGGGGUGAAAGGUGAAAUUGCUAAUUUGCAUUCCGCAGCCAAAGUUUGUGCUGGAGAGCCCAAGGAACUGCCUCCCAAAGCAGCAGCACAACCUACUGAAAAAGGUUCUAUCAAUAAACUGAGAGAUCAGGCAAAAAAUGCCUCUUCCUCUCCAGCAGGGAAUGUACUUCCCUCUGAUUCCAGUAGAUCAGCAACUAGUAACUCACAGCCACCUUUAACAACUCGCAUAGAUGUCUGCCCUUGGGAGUACGAGACGCCAGAAUUUCCAAAAGCAGAAAGUAUAGCUUUAUCGAACACAACCAGUUUAAGUUCAAAUAAAACAGCUACACAGCAAAAAUAA